AUGACCGAAAUUGGGGACGUCAGCGAGCUGAUCAAAAAUCCGCCCUUCGAACUGAGCGAGGCUGACAGAGAGUCACUCUUAAUGAAGGCGGAGGAUUUUACCCCCCACGCCUGGAAUGACAUCAAGCAGAUCAUCGCGAACGGCGAUCUGUCCAUGCUGAAGCGUGGCCCCACGGAUCUCCGGAACUACAUUCUGUGGACUCGGCAGAUUAGGGCCAGCUACGGCUCGGUCAUACAAUAUGUCCUGAGCGAGCGACUGCAUUGGGACCCCCCGGCAGAUGGCAGCAGUUUUCCGUGCGUCGACCCAGUUCCAUUCGCGAAUCCAGCCGACUACCGGAUUCUUCGCAACGACUGGCCAUAUGGGACAACUCCUGACAUCACCCACCUGGUGGUGUGGCUGAGAACGCCGCUCGCUGUGGAUCAGGAAGGUGACCCGACUCCAGAGUCGAGGCAGCGCAUCGACAACUUUGUGCAAGAGACGUUUGCCUUUGCGCGUGAGCAUAGCGAUGGGCUGAUCUGGUUUAAAAAUCGGCAAAAAUGGCAGAGUGUUCGGGCAAUUGAGCACAUCCAUGUCCUUCUCCGGGGCGUGGACGAUGGUCUAGUGACCCGUCUGACCGGUCAGACUCCAGAAGUAAUGACUUGCCGUACAUACGUUCCGCGGUGA